GGUGUCUCGUUCGGAUCUCCAGGCAAGACCUCGGCAUCAUCAGACAGGCCCGCCUCAUACUCGCAGCCACCGCGCCCCGAGGAGGUGCAGAGUGAGGCGACUGCCUCUGAGCCACCCGCAGCGCCCAGGCCCUGUGCAGCUCCAGCCCAGAGCGCCCUGCGCGCAACCCUGCCACCCCUCAGCCAAGUCAGGGGUCGCUGCUCAGACUUAGUCUUCUUGGGGUCCAGGUGGCCAGUGUGGGAGGUGUCGGCAGCCUUCGCCCUCCUCGCGGCGGCGGCGGCGACUGGCACGGUGGCCGCCGCCUCCUGCGUAUCCUCGCUGCCCGGCGCGACCCCUGGAUUGCGUGCUCUUGCUCCUGAUCUUCUGGGCGGGGCCCCACGCUCCUGUCCGCGGUCCCGAUGGAUCUCCUGGCUGGGAUUCGGGCCACUUGGAGUUAAUGUCCAACUGGGGGUCUACGGAGACCGGAUCCGAGGUGCCGCCUCCGGACGGGACUCUAAGAUGAAGUUAUGGGAUAUCGUAGCUGUCUGCCUGGUGUUGCUCCAAACCGCGUCCGCCUUCCCGCUGCCCGCCGGUAAGAGGCUUCCCGAGGUGCCCACCGAAGACCGCUCCCUCGGCCGCCGCCGCGCUCCCUUCGCGCUGACCAGCUACUCCAAUAUGCCUGAAGAGUAUCCUGAGCAGUUCGAUGACGUCAUGGAUUUUAUUCAAGCCACCAUUAAAAGACUGAAAAGGUCACCAGAUAAGCAAGUGGCAGCGCUUCCUCGAAGAGAGCGGAACCGACAGGCCGCAGCUGCCAGCCCAGAAAAUUCCAGAGGGAAAGGUCGCAGAGGCCAGAGGGGCAAAAAUCGGGGGUGUGUCUUAACUGCAAUACACUUAAAUGUCACUGACUUGGGUUUGGGCUAUGAAACCAAGGAGGAACUGAUCUUUCGAUAUUGCAGCGGCUCUUGUGACGCAGCCGAGACAAUGUAUGACAAAAUACUAAAAAACCUAUCUCGAAGUAAAAGACUAGCGAGUGACAAAGUAGGCCAGGCAUGUUGUCGACCGGUUGCCUUCGACGACGACCUGUCGUUUUUAGAUGAUAACCUGGUUUACCAUAUUCUAAGAAAGCAUUCCGCUAAACGGUGUGGAUGUAUCUGACUCCGGCUCCAGAGACUGCUGUGUAUUGCAUUCCUGCUACGGUGCGAAGACAGGGACCAAGGUUCCCAGGAAAUGUUUGCCCAGAACAGAAGAUAAGGACCAAGAAGGCGGAGGCGGAAGACGAGAAAGAGAAAAGAAAGAGGAAGUGGGAGCCUGGUAGAAGGCCCAGCUGAAGAAAACUGGAUAGGAGUGACAACAGCCCUCUGAGCACUCCAGGAUGGCAGCUGACGUCACCAGAAGCUCAGGGCUGGUGUCCCUGCGUAG